AUGGAUGGCCUCACAGUGAGAUGGAAAUACAACUCGUCACACGACCCUUUGGUGGCCGAUUUCCAGAUUGGGCAAGAAGGACACAAUAUUGUCCCACAUACAAUAGUCAAACUUAACGCCAGUUCUAUUGCGUUUGAGUCUGAGCAUGUUACAGGCCUUCUGGGUCCAUCUGCAUUCGUGAGGAUAUGGAACGCCGACUGGAUAGACACCAUGAGUGUUAAAGAACUCGCCAAAGUCAGUGGUUUUACCCUUACCACCGCGACUACCCUUGUGUCUAUGACAUCGUCGAUACCUCUUACUACUAUUACCAGACCAGGAACUGUUACUGGUUCCUCAGUCUCAAAUGGCUCCCAGUCUAUCACAGAAAAAUCCAAGACAACGGGAACGUUGACAGCGAUUCCCGAUCCUAUGCUGGAGGAAAUCAGCCCAGCAUUGCCCACAAGUGCAAAGGCAGGAAUUGGAGUUAGCAUAUCCGUUGGGACGAUCAUGAUUAUCGCAGCCGCUGCCUUCCUUUUUGUGCGGAAUCGCAGGAAGCAGGCCACUAGGGAAGAUGUUCAAGCUGAGCUACCGGUUACACCCGCUCCGAAGAAAGUAGCAGUCAUGUCUGAACCCGCAGAGCUCCAGUCAGCAUCGACAACAAAGCAUGAAUCUUACGAACUGCCUGCAUAA